UUGCAUGUGGUCGUAAGAACAGAAAAGUAAAAAUUUCUAUAAUGUUUCAUGUUGAUGGGUGGGGAAAAUGUGCAUCAUAGCAGUUCAGUGAAGUAAGGCUCAUGUGAUGGCUUUGUUUUACUUCUCAAUAAAUACUUUCAUCUUUCAAUCAAAACUAUCUUGUGAAUUUCUAUAAAAUGUAGGAGCAGAGGAAAGAUGGAGAAAUUACUGAAUGCUCCAGAUUCUGACCCAUUUCUAAAACGUUGAAGGUACUUUACUUGCAUUUCCACUAUUUCUAUUAAAUGUUAUAUUCUGUUAUAAACAACAGCUGAUUACUGUCGGAUCUAUUAAUAGUGGCUGCAAAAAUCACUGUUUUUCCUCACAUUGUAAAACAUCUUAACAAAUUUUAUUUAUCAGGGGACUGAUGUUAGACUACUCUCUCUCAUAAGUAAGCCUACAAUAACAUCUGUAUAGAAGAGAAUGGCAGUGCCAAAAUGUACUUGUAUUUUCCAAGAUGCAAUAAACAUUAGUCUCUCAAAUACACAAAAACCCCUGAAAGCACAAACCCUAAAUAUUUCUUAUUACUGUAAAGGAGGGAAUAUCUACUUUCCUGCUAAUUACUGGCAUGUACCUUUGCAGAAUGAAAAUACCUGAAAGGGAGAGCAUUUGUGCUUACCAUUUAGGCACCUGAAAGCAGAGAGUCAGACCUGGCAUAAAGGCAGGCAGAUUUAGCCCAGUCAUUAGCUCUUUUCAACUUAAAAGUUUAACUUGUGCAGAUUCUUACAGGGUCCCUUGAUUUAAGGGCUAAUCAAAUGUUUCAGUAUCUUAAAUCCAUGGCAGAGGCUUAAUUUAACUAUAAAAUCCAGUUGCAUCAGUUAAGUAAUAGAACUGAAAAUUCUUUGGGACAAAAGGUAAAUGGGAGAGAGUGAAUUUUUAUUGCUUACCAUAAGAUGUCUUGAUUGUCUUUAUAAAAGAGCUAUGCCAGUUACUGACCCUGUGAAGAGAGGCACCAAAGGAAAGCUGCCCCUUCCUUCUGUUCCCUGACUCUAGAUUGGGGAAUAUAAAACUUGGGCUGUAUUUUCAAAGGUAUGUAAAAGUGCACAAAGAUGCCCAUAAUCAUCCUGUUGGAUUUCCAAAGGGACUUAAACAAACUAGGUCUCUCAGUUGUUUGAAAUAUAUUUUGAGAAUAAUCAAGCAUACUUGGUAUUCCACAACAUUUUUGGAAGCUGCCUAAAUACCAUUUAAUAUAACAAGGCAGUAUAGCAAGUUCUUGUCGACACAUAUUAGGUUCACAUUUCUACUUCCUCAAUUGCUUAAACUAUCAAGCUCAGUUGUAUUGAAUUUAGGCAUAAAUGCUGAGGUUAGCUGCAAGCGUAAAUAAGACCAAACCUCAAGUCUCAGUUCUGCUUCAGAUAAUAGAGCAGGCUUUGUAAGUUCUUUCAGCCACAGUUUUUUAUUGAAGUUAGUACUUCACAGCUGAACCACAGUCAACAGUAGGUUGUUUCCCCCCAGCACUUGUCAGGACAAUUGAAACAAUGAAUUUGCUACAGGAAAAGUCAGCCUCAAUUGGGAGCAGGUUUGUCACUCUGUGUCCUUUCGUCUCGCUGAAGUGGAUUCUAACGGUCCUAAUUGCAGGUUCCUCGGUCUCAGGAUCUCCAGUGAAAGGCGUGGUGGGUCAGGAUGUCACUUUGUCCUGCCGCUACAGUGUCAAAACAGAGAGCGACCUGACCACGAUGUGCUGGGGCCGGGGGCCCUGUCCUAAUUCUCAGUGUUCAAACCUAAUUCUCUGGACAGACGGCAGGAGGGUGACACAGCGGCAGGACAACAGAUACCAGUUAUCUGUGAACAUGCUGAGAGGGGACGUGUCCCUCACCAUCCGGAGAGCAAGGGAAGCAGACGCAGGGACGUACUGCUGCCGCGUGGAAAUCCACGGGUGGUUUAAUGAUCAGAAAACGAAUGUGGACGUUGUGAUUGAGAGAGCAUCAACUACAAUCUCCACUACAGGCCUUUCAACUCACAGUUCCAAGGACACCUCAGGUGCUUCAACUGCCAGUGAAAUCCUCUCUACCGUCACAUCAGCAUGGCCUUCGACUGUCAGCAGCUUCCUAAAUGCAUCUACCUCACUCCCUCCCUCAUCAGUGGCAUACUCCAGUAAGAGAAGGGAAUACAUUCGAAUGGGCAUUGGUGCAUCGGCUCUAGUCAUUCUAGUUGUGGCUCUGGGUAUCUUUGAAUGGCACGUACACUGCAAACAUAGGAGGAAGAAGUUGGCAAGCCCAGUCUCAUUUAGCAGCUCAGAACAGGGAGAGGUCCAGUUCAUCCUGGAACAUGGGAUCCCUCAAAGAGAAAAUGUUUAUACACUAAGUUAAAGGGCAGCAUGCCUGUCCUCACACACUGUGUGUGUGUGUGAAGGUUUGGGGAAUGAGUCUCGAGUCAGCACAUGAUUUUAAGUUUAUUUUGUGAGAUUUAUGACUUGUAAACCUGCUCUGUGGAUUAGAUUCCCCACUUGGUGUACAACCAUCUACUGUGUCCUUUGCUGAGAGCAAGUACAAACUAGUCUGUGGGGAGCUUGAAGGGCUGCUGUGAAAGAGUAAAGAAGGAGCAUCUUUUUCCUGCUGCAGAGGCAAGAGGAGUCAGCAAGGUGGCUGCAAGAACAACUGACUUUGACCAGCUUUACUGGCUCUUGUGAACUGAGGUAGGAGUAGAGCACAUGAAGUUCAGCCAGUGUUGUGGCACUUGUCCCACUGUCGUGGUCGGAGCCAAGUUUGUGCAUACAAGACAAGGGAAGGAUCUCUCUGGCUAGGGUGACCUAUUGUCAGAGGGGAGCUUGCUGCCGGUGAGAUGAGGGAGUUCCCACUUAACUGGAACACAAAUGGGGGUUUCUUCAAUUACCAGAUAAUUCCUACAGAGUGACACUAUAACUGGAGUACCCAUGUGAAUGCAGCUCUGGGCAGACCAGGUGCCAAUCUCUGGGGAGACUCAGUAAGUUCAACACUAAUCUGGUCAUGGGGCUUGGUCCUGUGGGGUCUCACAUCCCAUGGCCUUGUGGUAGUUAGGGAGCCUGAACCACAAAUGCAUCUGAGAAGCCAGGACAUUACUCAGGCUUGGUGGACUUGAAGUCAUGUAGGAUCCAAAGAUAUGUGAUACAGCAAUUUAAUGACUGGCCACAAGUGGGGAAGGCAACCCUGGUAUUUGCCUAGAGCAAUAGCUGUCAAUGUAUUUUAAUUUGCAGGCCCCUAAAAAAUUGUGAGUGGAGGUGCAGACCCCUUUGAGUGGUAAAUGUGGGUAUAUUCACAUAGUUUUGAUCGAUCAGGACCCCUUAGUCUGUGAAUUCAGACCCUUUAGUUAGUCUGCAAGCCCUUGGGUUAGCGGACCACAGGUUGAAAACCACUGGUCUGGAAGUACAAAACUAGCACAAAGUACGCUGCUUCCUGUGCUAACCUCUGCACUGGCCAUGUGUAGGGUGUCUUUGGCACCAGCAAGAAAAAGCAUAACCAGCUGGAGGGAGAGAAGCACGCCAAAGUCGUGAGCAAAUUGAAAGCCAAAGUUUGAAAUAUCGUUUCAGCAAAGGAACAAGUCUGACUUCACAGGCGCUGACCAGUUUGUCUGCUUAGCUGACCCCUGGCUCUGAGAACGCAUUCACGUAACGUAGGAGUAAGUGCUGUUCACCUCAGACUGCAAACAUCUGUUUCUUACGUGGAACAUGAGCAAGUGCCACAGUGACUAAGCAACUGGGAAGUGAGCAGCUUUGGUCCAUUUUCAUAUCUAGCUUGGUCUCUGCCUUGCUUUGUCCCCUGCUGUGCUGCAGGCAUGCGUGGGCACGGUGAUGGUCUGGGCUUGACUAGUCUGUGGCAGCUGUGAUGGCUGAGGUGUUUAUUCUUGUGAGUCUUUCAAGAAACAGACGUUGUACUGCAUUGUGGUUUAAAGCUGCCUCCUUGGCUGGUGAUGCUGAGUGCCUGCAAAAAGGCAUUGAAGUCUCUCAACUCCCAGCUGAGCCAACAGAAGCAGAGAGGGCUCAGCACUUGGUGCAGGGUCAGGCUUGGAAUACAUACAGCACUUACGUAAUUUUCCUCUCAGUUCAGUGUGACUAAGCACACAUUACUCUGGAAACGCAUGUCAAGUGCUUCCUCCUCCUGUCAAAAAAACCUAGAACAUAGAGGCCACCCAGGACCACAUUAUGAAUAGGAACUGGCAUUUGCAGGAGGUAGGAUGUUCCAAAAAACACAGCUAACGUGUGUGUGUAUGUAUCUAUAGAUCUAGAUAUAUAGAUAUGCCCCAUGCGUGUGCACAUGCACGCGCACACGCCCCAUGACUAUUUUUUCGUGUCCUGUAGAGGUACCAUAGGUUUCUGCAUGUCAUCUUGGUUCAAUAUCCACAUCCUUCUCCACAAAAGAACAUUUGAGUACUUCUCUCCACUGAGGCUGCAGAAGUUCGAUGUACUGCCCAUCUUGCUAUGACUUGUCCCCCACAAAUACACGGGCAGAAGAAGGGAAGGAUCUAAUGUUCGUUGCAAGCAAAUGAAAAUGCCAGCCAGAUCUCAAAAUCUCUUGAGAUAUUUCUGAUCGUGUAUUUUGUUCUGGGGAAAUCCAGUAAAGCAUGUGCACUUUUAAAAAACGUCACUCCCUUUAGCUUGAGCUCGGUAUGUCAUUACAGUGACACCAAGUUAUAGCUAAAAAAAAAAAAAAAAAAGAAUGUAUU